GAGCAGGAGGAGGGGGCGGGGGGCGCAGCCGGCCGGGCCGCGGCCGCUCCGAGGUGAACGGCGCCGAGACGGGCUCGCGGCGCGGGGAGGCCGGGCGCGCCGCCGCUAUGAAUUCCGCCGAGCAGACCGUUACGUGGCUCAUUACCUUGGGAGUGCUGGAGUCGCCCAAGAAAACCAUCUCGGACCCGGAGGGCUUCCUGCAGGCGUCCCUGAAGGAUGGGGUGGUCCUCUGCAGGCUGCUGGAACGCCUGCUGCCCGGGACCAUCGAGAAAGUCUACCCGGAGCCCCGGAGCGAGGGCGAGUGCCUGAGCAACAUCCGCGAGUUCCUGCGAGGCUGCGGGGCCUCCCUGCGCCUGGAGACGUUUGAUGCAAAUGACUUGUACCAGGGGCAGAAUUUUAACAAGGUCCUCAGUUCCUUAGUGACUCUAAAUAAAGUAACAGCAGACAUUGGACUGGGAAGUGACUCCGUGUGUGCCCGGCCCACAUCUCACCGGAUAAAGUCUUUUGAUUCCCUGGGAUCCCAGCCUUCUCACAGUCGGACUUCAAAAUUGUUCCAGGGCCAGUAUCGAAGUUUGGACAUGACCGAUAAUAGCAACAAUCAGCUGGUAGUAAGAGCCAAGUUCAACUUCCAGCAGACAAAUGAAGAUGAGCUUUCGUUUUCGAAAGGAGACGUCAUCCAUGUCACUCGAGUGGAGGAAGGGGGCUGGUGGGAGGGGACGCACAACGGCAGGACUGGCUGGUUCCCCAGCAACUACGUGCGAGAGAUCAAGCCCAGCGAAAAGCCUGUGUCGCCAAAAUCCGGAGCGUUGAAGAGCCCUCCCAAAGGAUUUGAUACGACUGCCAUUAACAAAAGCUAUUAUAAUGUGGUGCUACAGAAUAUUUUGGAUACAGAAAACGAAUAUUCUAAGGAACUUCAGACUGUGCUUUCCACCUAUCUACGGCCAUUGCAGACCAGUGAGAAGUUAAGUUCAGCAAACAUUUCAUAUUUAAUGGGAAAUCUAGAAGAAAUAUGUUCUUUCCAGCAAAUGCUUGUACAGUCUUUAGAAGAAUGCACCAAGUUGCCUGAAGCUCAGCAGAGAGUCGGCGGCUGCUUUUUAAAUCUGAUGCCACAAAUGAAAACCUUGUACCUUGCGUAUUGUGCCAAUCACCCAUCUGCAGUGAACGUUCUCACGGAGCACAGUGAGGAGUUGGGAGAGUUCAUGGAGAUGAAAGGUGCCAACAGCCCGGGGAUUCUUGUGCUGACCACUGGCCUCAGCAAGCCGUUCAUGCGCCUGGAUAAGUACCCCACGCUGCUCAAGGAGCUCGAGAGACACAUGGAGGAUUAUCAUCCAGAUAGACAAGAUAUUCAGAAAUCCAUGACUGCCUUCAAAAACCUUUCAGCCCAGUGUCAAGAAGUACGGAAAAGGAAAGAGCUGGAGUUGCAGAUCCUGACAGAAGCCAUCCGGAGCUGGGAGGGAGAUGACAUUAAGACCCUGGGCAAUGUCGUUUACAUGUCCCAGGUCAUGAUUCAGUGUGCCGGAAGUGAGGAAAAGAAUGAAAGAUAUCUUCUACUCUUCCCGAACAUUUUGCUAAUGUUGUCUGCCAGUCCUAGGAUGAGUGGUUUUAUCUAUCAGGGAAAGCUACCAACGACAGGAAUGACAAUCACAAAGCUUGAGGACAGUGAAAAUCAUAGAAAUGCAUUUGAAAUAUCAGGGAGCAUGAUUGAGCGGAUAUUAGUGUCAUGCAACAACCAGCAAGAUCUUCAUGAAUGGGUGGACCAUCUACAGAAGCAAACGAAAGUCACAUCUGUCGGCAACCCCACCGCUAAGCCGCACUCUGUGCCGUCUCAUACCCUCCCCUCCCAUCCGAUCACCCCAUCCAGCAAGCAUGCUGACAGCAAGCCGGUGCCACUGACCCCUGCCUACCACACGCUGCCCCACCCCUCCCAUCAUGGCACUCCACACACCACCAUCAACUGGGGGCCCCUGGAGCCUCCGAAGACCCCCAAGCCGUGGAGCCUGAGCUGCUUACGACCCGCACCUCCCCUCCGGCCCUCAGCCGCCCUCUGCUACAAGGAGGAUCUCAGUAAGAGUCCCAAGACCAUGAAAAAGCUGCUACCUAAGCGGAAGCCUGAGCGGAAGCCUUCGGACGAAGAGUUCGCGCUGAGGAAAAGCACAGCUGCCUUGGAAGAAGAUGCGCAGAUCCUGAAAGUCAUCGAAGCUUACUGCACAAGCGCCAAGACACGGCAGACGCUCAAUUCAACAUGGCAAGGCACUGACCUGAUGCAUAAUCACGUCUUGGCUGAUGAUGACCAAUCAAGUCUAGACUCCUUGGGUCGUCGCAGUAGCCUUUCUCGUUUGGAGCCUUCAGACCUCUCGGAAGACUCUGACUAUGACAGUAUAUGGACAGCCCAUAGUUACAGAAUGGGUUCUACAUCUCGUUCACGCAAAGAAUCUGCUCCACAAGUUUUGCUUCCAGAAGAAGAGAAGAUUAUAGUCGAAGAAACUAAAAGUAACGGUCAGACAGUGAUAGAAGAAAAGAGUCUUGUUGAUACUGUCUAUGCGUUAAAGGAUGAAGUCCAAGAGUUAAGACAGGACAACAAGAAGAUGAAGAAGUGUCUGGAGGAAGAGCAGAGAGCGCGCAAAGACCUGGAGAAGCUGGUGAGGAAGGUCCUCAAGAAUCUCAACGACCCCGCGUGGGACGAGACCAACCUGUGAGGGACGCCCUCCGUUCCGCCCUGAGGCCGGCUCAGCCCAGGCCGCCAGCCCCGGCCCCAGCUGGGCAGGGCUGGCCCAAAGUCAUCUUCCUCUGCGUGGACAAGCUGGAGUUCAUCACACUGUCCUGAAGAAUCCAGACACGAGGUGUAGACCCUGAGGACUGAACUGCAUUACCUGACUCUGUUAACAUGGCGAUUACCUCAUUUUGCAAUAAGCGCAGUGACUGACUACGAGUCCUGGUCCUUCAGGCUUUACUGAGCAGAUAGAAAUAUCAUACAGACGUGUUUCCUGUAAAUGCUCUCUUUUGAAUGCGUAUCCACGACUCUGCUGUCAGGGCUGAUGCCCGUCCGAGAAUUCCCUUCCCACUAACCGCCCUGGUCCGCGGACUAGAGCCGUGUCCACACACUCCAGGGAGCAGGCCGUGGAGGGCCGGGGGCUCGCGGUGGAUGCCCGACUUGUUCUCCGCAGCGCUCCGGGAGGAGGCUCCUCAGCAUCGCACCUGAGGGUGCCUGACGGACUGACCUUACUUAUGUCUGCAGAGAUACUUAGUACCAUUUGAACGUCUUCUGUGAAAGCCGUGUCGCAGUCCCCGGCCAGCAGUGGUCCCCAGGGCCGCGCUCUGGCCGAGUGAGGGAGCGUCUGAGCCUCAGCCAGGAGUCGGAGUUGUCACACCCCCACCACCGUGUCCCCCUCCGGGUGCACACUCUGCCUGCCUCCCGUGAAUACCGUCAGCAUCGGGGCGUCCUCACAGCCUCUGGGACAUCACAGACUUGUAUGCUCUGGGCCAGGGUGAUCACUUGACAAGGUGCACUGUUUUGUCCUCCCCUCAAAAGAGAAAGCUUCACUAGGACCUGUAAAUAAAGUGUGUUAUUUAUUACAUCUCACUGCAGCUGAUGAAGACGAGCCAGGGUGACCGUGAGCUGCCCCGAUGGGUAGGCUGCCUCUGUCGGGCCGAUGUGAGCUCAGAUCUGUUUGCCAUCAGGGCGCAGCAAGCACUGCAGUCACGCAUCGCUUAAUGACGGGGCUACGUUCUGAGAAAUGAGCUGGUGGGCAGUUUGGUGGUUGUGGGAACAUCAUAGAGCGCACUUAGACAAACCUAGAUGGUACAGCCUGCUGCCCGCGUAGGCUGUGUGGUGCUCACCUUAUGGGACCACUAUCGUGUAUGCAGGUCUGUCAUUGACCACAAUGUUGUCAUGUGGCGCAUGAGCGUGCUUCAGCACUCGCUGGGGAAAAAAGUGUUUCCCUCUUUCUGCAAGAAUAAAGCAAUAUAAUUCUUCAAUUCCACCUAAGUAAUGCAAGUGUAACAUGGGUCCAUCCCCCCAGUCCAAAUGGAGCAGGAAGCCUGUCCCAGCCCGGCUCCGCGGGGCAUUCGAAGCCGCAGCAGCCCCUGGCGGGCGGCUCAGCCAUAGAGCCCAGCCUCCGCUCUGCCUCAGAGACGGCAGUGAAGGCACAGGAGCUUGCUGUGCGUUGCCCUUCUCUGAAGAGGUCGAUUUUAGAGCAAGAUAAGCUUUUUCACAGAGCCACUGUUACAUCUUUAAAAACCAAACUUGCAGUGCCGUGCAUUAGAGACUUCUCAGAACUACCCAUUUGGCAUCAGAUGUGACUUUCAGUGACGUGAUCUGUUGGUCAGGAGAUCCUUUCACUGCAUCAGAAUCUUCUGGUGCCCUUGAACUGGGCAGCUUUGGAACUGGCGGUGGUCUGGUUUCCCCGGUUCUUGUUCCUCGCGCCCGCUGAUCAGUCUCUGCCUGCCUGUCCCCCGCGGUAGGUCGGCUGCUUGAGCCUGGCCCCUCCCAGCUCUGUGCUCAGCAGGUGUCUGGGGCCCAGCGUUGACCUGCCCACACUAGACCUUUCAACCAGAAUUGCCAACUUCCUGUACUUAGCAUUUCGUUCAUUAGUGCUAAGACUAGAGAAGAUUUUUUUUUUGUAAGUCCUAUUUUUACAUUUUUUGUUGAUGCAUAAGACAUUGCAGUGGAAAACAGUUAAAUCUGAGUGUACUGAAGUUUGCUGUCUUAAGCAAAUUUUAACUCAGGAACAACAUUCGUCGCCUGAUCCCUCCCUCACUUUGGGAUGGGUGAUGUUGCCGUCAGCAUCCCCGGACGGGUCUCAGAGGGAACCUGCCUUAACGGUUGACACACCGAGUGAGAGCGCUUGUGUGUCCCGUCCCUCCCCUGAGCGGGGCGGCCGUCGGGAUGCUUGUGUGAUGCAUUACCUUUUCUUCAUGUGGACCCAGUAUUUUACUUGGCUUUUAGGGAGCAGAGAAGAUGCACCUGAGAGCAGUUCUACACACCUGCCCUGUUGUGAGCAGACCGCAUCUGUUUCUCCAUGUGACCUUCCGGGGGGUUGGGAAUUGAUGGGGAUGUUAGAAAGGGGCACUGUUCACCCUAGGGGCCACUGCUCUGCUCUCACCCUUCACGCACGAGGAGACAAGCCAUUUCCUAUCCCGAGAUAUGAAGCACUUUCAGUUCCACGUGAUGUUGCGAUGUGGCGUCAGAGACUGUCCAUCGUGCUUUGCGGUGUGUGUGCCUGCCCACGUGCGCCCGCGUCCUGGACGUUGAGUGCCUCCCGGCUGUGUGCUCGCUUCCCGAUGCCCCUCACUUCUCCACUUUCCUGGGACACGCAGAGGCCACCUGUACAGCUGUGGGACACUUCACGAAAAUGCCACAGACGGUGUCCUGGCAUUGACUACUCAUGCUACAUUGUAAUUAUUAAACUGAUGACUUUUCUUACGUUACAAAUACAUCACGUUAUCUUCCA